GAACAGGAGUAUACAGGAGGUGUAAGGUGUUACUGGAGUACAGCCAGUGCAGCAAUCUGCAACAAAACCAGCCCAGGGCACCUGCAAAACAUGUCUUGUUGGGCACGUACCAGUAAGGAGAAGUAUGGAGUGGCGAUUUGGAAUUUCAAAGGGACGGGCGAGUAUCACCUCCCCCUGCAGAUUGGGGACACUGUGCAUAUCCUGGAGCUCAGAGAAGGUUGGUACAGAGGAUACACACUGAAAAACACUUCGGUCUGGGGCAUAUUCCCCAUAUCCUUUAUCAAAGUGAAGAACGCCAGAGUGGAGAUGAGAGACGGUCGAGAGACGAUCAUCUCGUCUGAGUUAGCGAUGGUGCAGGAGAUCACCACCACACUGAGGGAGUGGGCCCACAACUGGAGACAGGUCUACCUGGAGGGUGGGAAGGCUCUGUUCUUGCGGUUGGGUCAUAUGAUGCGUGAGUUGAUGGAGAGGAGGUCUCAGCUUCUCUCAGGGACCCUGCCGAAGGACAAGCUACAGGAGCUGAAGCAGCAGGUCACCUCCAAGAUGGACUACGGGAACAAGAUCCUGACGCUGGACCUGGUGGUGCGCGAUGACGAGGGCAACAUCCUGGAUCCAGAACGCACCAGCGUGGUCAGCCUGUUCCGAGCCCACUGCAAGACCACCUGCCGCAUCACGCAGCGAAUCAAUGAGGAGUCUUGCAGUGAUCAGAGUGGGAUAAACCAGACAGACGUUUUCUCCAGCUCCCCCACGCACAGUCUCUACGUCUGCGUUCGGAACUUCGUCUGCAAGCUGGGAGAGGAGGCUGAGCUCUUCAUGUGUCUGUAUGACCCUGCCGAGCAGAAGAUAAUCAGUGAGAACUUCCUCAUUCGCUGGGCACACACUGGCUUGCCAAAAGAGAUUGACAAACUAAACAACCUCAAAGUCGUUUUCACUGAUCUGGGGAGGAAGGAGCUGAGCCGGGAGAAGCUGUUCCUGGUGUGCCAGAUUGUCCGAGUGGGAAGGAUGGAUCUGAAGGAAGCGAAUGUCCGGAAAGCUACCCUGGGGCUGCGGAGGCCGCUUGGAGUCUCAGUGAUGGACGUGACGGAGAUCGUUAAAGGGAAGGUGGAGAGCGACGAGGACAAACAGCACUUCAUCCCCUUCGUGCAAGUGGCAGCCGAGAAUGAUUUUCUUCACAGCUUGAUCAAGAAAGUCAUUGAAGCCAAAGACAUAAACCACAAAGGACAAGGGCUCUGGGUGUCCAUUAAGAUGCUGAACUGGGACCUGAAGCAGCUUCAGCAGGAGCAGCCUCAUCUAUUGGACCGGGGUGCCGUGGUGGCACGGAAGAUGGGCUUCCCUGAGAUCAUCAUGCCAGGGGAUGUGAGGAAUGAUAUCUACGUGACACUGGUUCAGGGCGAGUUUGACAAGUGUAACAAAACCACCCAGAAGAAUGUGGAGGUGACCAUGGUGGUGUGCAGCGAAGAGGGGGAGGUGAUCUCUAACGCUAUCUCCCUGGGUACAGGAGACAAGAAUGUGAGCGAGUUCCAGUCUACGGUGUAUUACCAGUUGAAGCACCAGCACUGGAUGGAGACAGUCAAGGUAUCCAUCCCUAUUGAAGAUGUUCAAAAGACUCACCUGAGAUUCACCUUCAAGCACCGGCCCUCAAGUGACUCCAAAGACAAGGGUGAGAAGAAUUUCGCCAUGGCGUUUGUGAGGCUGAUGAGGCCAGAUGGGACAACUCUGAGGGAUGGUGAGCACGACCUGGUUCUCUACAAGGGCGACAGCAGAAAACUGGAGGACAUCAACGUGUACAGAAACCUUCUGUCCACCAGGAGCAAUGGUGAGCAGCAGAGCCGCCACUCCCUGGUCUCCACCGUGAAGGGAACCCUGGGAGGGGCCAGCGGGCUGAGCUGCAGCAGGGACAGCUUCCAGAUCGCCACUCUCAUCUGCUCCACCAAACUCACCCAGAACGUGGACCUCCUAGGCCUGUUGAAAUGGCGUUCGAACCCGAGCCUGCUGGAGCAGAACCUGAGGAAGCUGAUGAAGGUGGAGGGAGGGGAGGUGGUGAAGUUCCUGCAGGACACUCUGGACGCCCUCUUCACUAUAAUGAUGGAAAACGCUGAGACUGAUACCUACGACUGCCUGAUCUUUGAUGCACUGGUUUUUAUCAUCAACCUGAUUGCUGAUAAGAAGUUCCAGCACUUCAAUGCGGUCCUGGAGGCCUACAUCUGCCUGCACUUCAGCGCCACCCUUGCUUACAAGAAGCUGAUUGUGGUUCUGACGAGCUACCUGGAGCAAAGCAGCAAAGAGGAGCCCAACGAGAAGAUGAUGGUCACCUUCAAGGGGCUGGAGUACAUCUUCAAGUUCAUCGUGCGCUCGCGCAGCCUCUUCGCCAAGCUGUACGAAGGGAAGGAGGAAGCAGAGUUUGAGCUUUCUAUCCAGAAGUUCUUCCAGGCGCUGAAUGCAGUGAUGGGAUCCACAGUGGAGGGCUCCAUCAUCCUGGCACAGGGUUACGCUCUGAGGUAUGUGCCAACAAUACUGCAGGAUCUGGCUAGGAUAUUCAACCCGGCACUGCUAAGUAACCUGCUGAAGGACUUCAUCCUGAGCCUGCCUCCGGACAGACUGGAGAAACAGAAGCUGCAGUCUCUCACAGCCAUGGUCAACAGCCAGAUCUUCCACAGGCCAGAGUGCAGAGACGCCCUGCUGCCCAUGAUGAUUGAGGAGCUGAAGAUGCUAAUAUUGAACUGGUCAGAGGAAGAGACCUGCAUUGAGCUGCUGAGCAACAUCCUGGAGGUUCUGCACAGGCCUGACAUGGGGGAGGUGCGUGGACACAUUCAGCUGAUCCUGAAAAAGCUGCUUCAAACCGUCAACCAGCGCGUGAUGAUCCUGGGCCAGGAGCACGAGCUGAGCAGUCACUAUGUGGCGUGCAUGACAGCAAUCCUCAGCCACAUGGACGAUUCCCACUACAGAGAUUAUAUCCAGUCCUUCACCACGCGCCAGGACCUCAUGGACUUCCUGAUGGAGACCUUCAUCAUCUUCAAGGACCUGAUUGGGAAGACAGUCUACCCCUCUGACUGGAUGGUGAUGACCAUGGUCCAGAACAGGGUGUUCUGCCGAGCAAUCAACCAGUUUGCUGAGACUCUCACCCAGAACUUCCUCCACGGAUCCAAUUUUGAACUGCAGCUCUGGAACAACUACUUCCACCUGGCCGUAGCCUUUCUCACCCAGAAGUCUUUGCAGCUGGAGAACUACUCCCACGUGAAGCGCUCCGCCAUCCUGUACAAGUAUGGUGAUAUGCGAGAAGCUCUGGGUGGUUCAAUCAGGGACAUGUGGUGCAAUCUGGGGGAGCACCAGAUCUCCUUCAUCCCUGACCUAGUGGGCCCGAUCCUGGAGAUGACGCUGGUGCCUCACGUGGAGCUGCAGCGCUCGACCAUCCCGCUAUUCUUCGACAUGAUGCUGUGCGAGUACCGCCUCACCGCCAAGUUCAGCUCGUUCGAAGACGAGAUCAUCAAGAAGCUGGACAGCGAAGUGGAGGGAGGCCGGGGAGAUGAGCAGUACAAGCAACUCUUCCAGAAAACCCUCCUGGACUGCUGCAAAAAGCACCCCCACCUGGCCAAGCCCUGUGAGAACUUUGUUGCCAUGGUGACAGGGCUGAUGGAGCGGCUGCUUGACUACAGAGCGGUGAUGUACGAUGAGAACCAGGCCUACCGCAUGAGGUGCACCGUCAACCUGCUGAAUUUCUACAAAGAGAUAGACAGACAGGAAAUGUACAUCCGAUACUUACACAAGCUCCGGGACCUGCACCUGUGCUACGAGAACUACACUGAGGCAGCCUUCACCCUGCUGCUGCACGCCAAGCUGCUCAAGUGGUCGGACGAGCCCUUCUCUGCCCAGACACAGGGCUUCGAGAGCAUGCACACCCAGCGACAGGUGAAGGAGAGCCUCUACAGCAAGAUCAUCGACUACUUCGACAAGGGCAAGAUGUGGGAGGAGGCAAUCGUGCUGUGCAAGGAGCUGGCUCAGCAGUACGAGAGCGAGCUGUUCGACUACGAGAUGCUGAGCGCCAACCUGCAAAUACAGGCCAAGUUCUUCCAGAACAUCAUGACUGUGCUCCGGCCCAAGCCAGACUACUUCGCAGUGGGGUACUAUGGCCAGGGGUUCCCCACCUUCCUCCGGAACAUGAUCUUCAUCCACCGCGGGAAGGAGUACGAGAGGAGGGAGGACUUUGAGCUGCAGCUCAUGACUCAGUUCCCCAGCGCAGAGAAACUCAAGACCACAUCGCCCCCUGGAGACGACAUCAAGAACUCCCCUGGACAGUAUAUCCAGUGCUUCACUGUCCAGCCGAUCCUGGUGGAAAACAACCUGUUUAAGAACAAGUGUGUCCCCGAUCAGAUCCUCGAUUUCUACAAAGCCAAUAAAGUUCAGAACUUCACCUACUCUCGGCCAGUUAGGAAGGGACCCAAAAACCCCGAGAACGAGUUUGCGACCAUGUGGAUCGAGCGAACCACCUUCAGCACGGCAUACAGACUGCCGGAUAUCCUGCGCUGGUACAAGGUGACCAGCAUGUGCGAGAUCACGCUGAGUCCGCUGGAGAACGCCAUUGAGACGAUGCAGACAGCCAAUGAAAAGAUCCUGACUAUGAUCAAACAGCAGCAGAGCGACCCCUCACUCUCCAUCAACCCGCUCUCCAUGCUGCUCAAUGGCAUUGUGGACCCAGCUGUCAUGGGAGGCUUCGCCAAGUACGAGAAGGCGUUCUUCACUGAAGACUACAAGCAGAAGCACCCGGAAGACCAGGAGAAAAUCCUCAAGCUGCAGGACCUCAUUGCCUGGCAGAUCCCUCUGCUGGCUAGUGGAAUUCACAUCCACGGGCAGAAAGUGACGGGGGACCUGAAACCCUUCCAUGAGCGCAUGGAGGAGUGCUUCACCCAGCUCAGGGCCAAGGUGGAGAGCCAGUAUGGAGUGCGGCAGCUGCCAUUGUUUGAAGGUCCUCACAGCUCCCGCCCUCGCUCCAUGAUGACCUCAUUCAGACCCAUGUCCACCAUCUCUACCGGGUCGCUGGGGUCCCCCGGAUUUGACAAGGACAGUCUGGAGCUGCCCCUACCGAAGAAGGGAAUCUCCAAAUCACAGGAGAAGGUGGAUGUGGAGGAGAAGAAGAGUGAGAAGAGAGAGAACAGGAACAGCCUGCUCUUCAUGUACCGGAAGAACGAUCGUCCGUCCAUCUCUGACACCACCGAGCACAGCAAGGAUGUGGGGGCGAGCAUGUCCCGAAACAUGAGCGACAGUGUGCUUGAUAAGAGGGACGAGCAGAGACCCGCUCCUCAAGGCAAGACCACCAGCUCCUCUCUCCCCGCUAUAUCAGGAUCGAGGAAGAACAGUUUUGGGGGCCGAGUGAAGAGCGCCAAGCCCCCCCCUCUCCCGAAGAAGAUCAGCCCCACGGUGUACGAGCAGUUCAGCCCCGACGCACCCCCAGAGGCCCCCCGCCCUGCCAGACUGGGCUCCGUCAAGUCUCCAAGUUCGUUGAGCCCUGUGAAGUCAAAGUCUCCACCCACUCCCCCACCCAAGGGCAAACGCCAGAGCCAAAUGUGAGACAAUCAAAACUUUUCAUCAGUGAACCAAACCAAUCAGAGCUUCUCUUCAGUGAACCAAACCAAUCAGAGCUUCUCUUCAGUGAACCAAACCAAUCAGAGCUUCUCUUCAGUGAACCAAUAAGAUCGCCUCUUUAACAAAUCAGAGCUUCUUUUUAUUAAACCAAUCAAAGUGUCUUGUCUUUACAGUGAAUCAAUCAGAACUUUGUCUCCGUGAACCAAUCAGAACUUGUCUACAGUGACCCAAUCAGAACUUCUUCUCAGUGAACCAAUCAGAACAUGUCUACUGUGAAACAAUCAUAACAUCUUUUCAUUGAAAGUUUGACACAACAAGUAGACUUCUGAUCAACAUGAAACACAAACAACUAAGUGUGCAGAUAUUCAACUGAAAGUAGCGUGUGAGAAACUUCGAGAUACACAGACAGACAGGGCUCCAAUUCUCCUUCUUCCCCCUCCCCCUCCCUACCUGAGUUUAGGAUUAUGGGGUAGCCCUUUAAAUCUAAUCAGGUUUGCCAAACUGUUUGUUUUUUUGUUUUUUUGGGGUUAAUACAGUCGGCAAGCAGGGGUCACUGUGGCUUCAUGUCAGGUAAAGAGAAUCUAAAUCUAGAAUCCGUUUCCCAGCCAAGAGUUUUUUUGGUUUGUUUUUUAAAUAAUACUUUUUAAAUAGCUGUUUCCUGUAAAAUUAUUGUCAGCACAACAGAUGCCCUUUUUACUGUCUAAUCUUGAUAGUCUGCACAAUCUGCUUUUUGAUACAGCAGAGUGCACCAAAAGGCUUGCAUGCAGUAUAGAGCAGGAGGUGAAUGAAUUCGGUGUUAACAUUGAACAUGAGUGUGGGACAAUGCAGCUUGAAAUCCAGCCUGAUACCUAGUUUGAAAAGUUCUGACAGAACAGCUACUUAGUUUUUCAUAUGUCAUAUAAAAGGACAAAUACUGUGAAUGCCAAGCUUGUCAAGGCAACCUCUCGACUUCAUGUCAACCCCUUCACUGUUGCAUUUUAGCUGGAAAGCUGCAAUCCUAAAAGACAGAGAGGAAUGCUUGCACAGGUGUUAUUGCUGGCAAGUGUAACAUAACCAAUAAUUACCAGGUUUUACGUAGCCGCAGAUGUCCACCAGAUGGCGGACAAUGAUUAAAAAAGCAACAGUCCAGUCAUUCAAUAUGUGAAGGCUGCCUGCACCUGGUAGGGUCUUUAAUAUCCACCUUGCAUUGCAAUUGCUGUUCUAGGAAAGGUUGACCAGGUGCCCCUUAAUCAUGUCCUGAACAGCACUGUGUGCAAGCAGUGACAGGGAGGCGAUGAGCCGGAGAUUGAGGACAAACUUAUUAACAAUCACCUUCAAUUCGAAGAAAAGCAAUGAAACUCCUGCAUACCUCAUUUGUUAACAGUUCUGUUUAUUUAAUAAGAAUUAUACGGUGCAUUACAGGUACAGCGAUCAUUUUACUUAAGGUUUUUUUAAACUCACAUCCCACUGCAUCCAGUACCUUUACCUGUCCUUUACUUUAAGAGACACGGGACUACAACUACCAGCAUGCACUGUAAUUUAAAACUACAUGAUGGAGACCUUUUAAAUUCCCCAGCGAGGAGGAACCCUGCUAGCACCAGCCUGGUGAACCUGAAGCAGUAUGAUCCCCCCACACCUCAUUUGUUGACACUUGUAUGUAUUUGUUUAGUUAGUUUAAUAAGAAUUUGACAGCAGUUACAAUGCCAUGUGGAUUCUGUAGACCUUCCCAGGGGCAGGCAACCUCAGCUCCUCCAGUCUACUUCAUUGCAGGUGCCUUGAUCCCGUAAUCGACCCUGCAUGGUUAGGGUUGUCUCCCCGUGUUGCUUUGUACCAGUGUACUGCACCUCUGUAGCAGGACUGCAGCUGUGACCUCCCCUUACCUUCCUGUCCUUUGUAUGGCUGCCAUUGGCAGGGGCUGGGACUCUGAGGGAGGUACAGUGGAGCUCGAACCCAGCCCCACACAAUUCAAUUCAGCUCAGCUCAGUCUGCAGGGUGUCCAGUGCCAUUUAGACAGUGCGCUCCCUCUCUCCACACUUUCAGCUUGUUAAGUGUCCUGCUCUGUAACUGUGAUUUUAAUAAAGCUCAUUAACAAU